GGCCAGUUGACCAUUUCAAAGCCAAGCGGUGACGGCAGGCAGCAUGAGUAUUUGGCCGAAAAAGGCUUGGAGUAUCGAGGAGGAACUCCUGAAGAAGAAGAACAAGUCGAUCGAGGAAAAGUACCAGUCUCUGCUUGGUGAAUACCAGGAACUCCGUGUUGCGAAUGCCAAGUCCAUGGCAAAGCUGCGCGAACUGGAGCGGUACAAAGAAAUCUCGGACGACAUUGUCAACAGCGCGUCCACGUCACGGCGGAUGGAGGAAAAGGAGCGUAUUGAGAUCACGAGCCAGAUGCAACAAUACCGCGACAAGCUUGAAGAGGCGGUCGAGAACAUUUGCUUUCUCGAAAAAGAAAACAAGCGGCUCAAGGCCGACGUGACAUCCGCCAAGCUCGAUGCCACAACCUCGAACGUCCUCCUCAAGACCCUCGACGACUCGAAAUCAAAGCUCCAUUCGACGGAAAGCCGCCUCCAAAUGAUGCGCAUCGAAAUCCUCGAGCUCAAGAACCGCAAAGCCGACUUGAAUUCGCAGGUUCAAGACCUCAAGGCGCGGCUGCACUCGGCGGAAACGCUGGCGGAGCGAAAGUCCGACGAAUGCAAGCGGCUAACGUCCAAACUUGAGUCUGUUGAGUCGGCUUGGGACUCGACGCGCAGCCAAAACAGCCGCAUUCAAAAGGAAAUCCGCACAGUCGCCGAAGUCGCCGACAUCAAUCGAGAAUUGAGUGAAAAGUCCAAGCACCGCAUUGCGUCGCUCGAAAACGAAGUCGACGCGCUCCAGCUCAAGCUCAAGACUCGCGAACGCACGAUCGACGAGCUACGCACGGACAACGUCGAUGUCCGCACCGAGCUGAACGUCCUCAAGAAAGACUUUUCCGAGCUCCAAGCAAUUAACAAAGACCUGCGCCGGCUGUCUACCGAGCACAACAAGCACGACAAGGACACUGAACACGCGUUGUCGAUGCACGAAACUGAAAUCAAGUGUUUGCGAGAGAUGAAUCGAUCGUCCAACGAGCGCAUCGACGAAUUGUCCGCCGAAAAUGCCAAGCUCCAGGCACAGCUCUUGGACGUCCACGGCGACUUUCUCAAGAAGGUCCAAAGCGACGCGUCGUGGAAGCACAAGGAGAAGGAAAAGUUGCGCCGGGAAGUUGAGGAAGAGAUGGACGUACUCAAGAAGCCGCGCGUGUGCAAAAACUGCCAUGAGUCGUUCACACUGGAAAAGAACAACGCCCAGUCGUGCACGUAUCACCCCGGGCGAUACCUUCCCCGCCAGUACCCCCUUGAAGGGUACUCGUGGUCGUGCUGCUGCAAACGGGACAUUUCGUCACGUCCGUGCAAGUUUGCCGGGCGACACGUCGAGCGCGAAACCCUCUGACGGAGCUGUCGCCCAAGCAUGAGGUCGACACGGCGCGACUGAAUCCUAGUGCAGGUUGCACGACCACAACAGACUCGAACCACGAGUCUUGACCUUGCAUAAUAAACAUUCCGCUGUGCUCUG